AGAGGGAAUCGGGCCAUGGCGGUUUUUCAUUCUCGUCCUGUCGGCCGAUGGGCUGAGGAUGGAAACUCCACCUCAACUUCCGGAGACUUUGGGCACGGCGGGCGCUUCGUGAAUAGUCCACCCCGCCCUCUUCCACCCAGAGCCCGGGUCUUGGCCUCAGCCUCUGGCUUUCCCCCAAAACCUCGCCUGGGAGGGGAGGCCACCCGCCCAGGCCCUCUCUCGGCUCCCCCAGCCCCUGCCCCCUCCCCAUCCUUUGUCCUCCCAUCUCGGCCUCCCUUUCCUCCAACAUCGGCCGUCCGCAUCAUCAGCGGGUUUCCAGCUUUCCCUCUCCUCUCCAUCGUUUCCCUGUCUCUCCCUUCUCCCCAGCCCCGGAGUCCACUCGGGUUACUCCAGGAGUUCAGGACGGUUGGAAGUGGGGAAGGAGGCUGCUCCCCCGAUGCUGGGCUGCUGGCCGGCAGGGCCUUCAUACAGCUCAGAGGCCCUCCUGGACCCUCGGCUUUUCCUCUGACUUCUUGUGCCUGCUGUGAGCUUCGCUGGAUUCAGGGUCUUGGUCCUGAGAGGAACGUCAUGUCGGUGCCCCGGUGGCGCGCGCUGCCGCUGCUGCUCCUGCUGGGCGCGUCGUGGGCGCGGGCGGGCGCCCCGCGCUGCACCUACACCUUCGUGCUGCCCCAGCAGAAGUUCACCGGCGCCGUAUGCUGGAGCGGAGCGGCUGCCGCACGUCCCACUUCCGAGGCCGUGAACGCCAGCGAGGUGGCGGCGCUGCGCAUGCGCGUCGGCCGCCACGAGGAGCUGCUGCGCGAGCUGCAGAGGCUGGCCGCCGCCGACGGCGCAGUGGCCGGCGAGGUGCGCGCGCUGCGCAAGGAGAGCCGCGGCCUGAGCGCGCGCCUGGGCCAGCUGCGCGCUCAGCUGCAGCAUGAGGCCGGCACGGGGGCGGGGCCGAGCCAGGGGGCGGAGCCUGCCGCUGCGCUGGCGCUGCUCGGGGAACGCGUGCUCAAUGCGUCGGCCGAGGCUCAGCAGGCCGCAGCCCGCUUCCACCAGCUGGACGUCAAGUUCCGAGAGCUGGCACAGCUGGUCAGCCAGCAGAGUGACCUCAUCGCCCGCCUGGAGCGCCUGUGCCCGGGGGGCGCCGGCGGGCAACAGCAGGUCCUGCCCCCGCCCCUGGUGCCUGUGGUGCCCUUGAGUCUGGUGGGCAGCACCAAUAACACCAGCAGGAGGCUGGACCCAGCCCCAGAGCCCCAGAGAGACCAGACCCGGAGACAACAGGGCCCCUUGGCCUCUCCUAUGCCUGCAGGGUCCCUUGUGAUCCCCACCAAGCCAUCAGGCCCGUGGCAGGACUGUGCGGAGGCCCACCGGGCAGGCCACAGCCAGAGUGGGGUCUACGAGCUGCGACUGGGCCGGCUCGAGGUGUCUGCGUGGUGCGAGCAGCAGCUGGAGGGCGGAGGGUGGACGGUGAUCCAGCGGCGCCAGGACGGCUCCGUCAACUUCUUCACCACCUGGCAGCACUACAAGGUGGGCUUUGGGCGGCCUGACGGGGAAUACUGGCUGGGCCUUGAACCUGUGCAUCAGCUGACCAGCCGGGGGGACCACGAGCUGCUGGUGCUCCUGGAGGACUGGGGGGGCCGUGGGGCACGUGCCCACUAUGAUAGCUUCUCUCUGGAACCUGAGAGCGACCACUAUCGCCUGCGGCUUGGCCAGUACCACGGUGACGCUGGAGAUUCUCUUUCUUGGCACAACGACAAACCCUUCAGCACCGUGGAUAGAGACCGAGACUCCUAUUCCGGUAACUGCGCCUUGUACCAGCGCGGGGGCUGGUGGUACCAUGCCUGUGCCCACUCCAACCUCAAUGGUGUGUGGCACCGUGGUGGCCACUACCGAAACCGCUACCAGGAUGGUGUCUACUGGGCUGAGUUCCGUGGCGGGGCAUACUCCCUCAAGAAGGCCGCCAUGCUGAUCCGACCCGCCAGGCCCUGACUGCCCGGGCCUCUGUCCGCCUGGCCCCAGGGUGUUUCCCAGCAGAAGACUAAAUUGUCCUGGCCGCACCUUCUCUGUGGCUCAGUGCUGAGCCUGUCCCGGACUUUCCCACUGUGGAUUUGCUCCCCAGAGCCCCAGAAUGGGACCCAGGAGUCCCCCCACCCGUGUCGCGGGCCCAGACAGCUCCCCAAGGGCACUUGUCUCGGAUUUGAGCUCACAUUUUAUAACAACACAGAGCAUCCAGA